AUGAGAUCAAUGCGAUUGUUUUUUACGCCUGACAACACAGCAUCUGGCCAAUUUGUUGUUGCGACCUGGGACUCGCGUUAUAAAAUUUUACAUUUUCAUAACGGUGGCCUGGACAAAUUGGCACGGCUGCUUGAACAGUGGAGUGUUAUCAAAACAAAAUGUGUUAAAGAUGGCUCUCCUUCUCCAAUACCCGAUCGACAGUUCUUGGUGUGCUUACCAGAAGUAAGCAAAGUGGAACUUGAUCCAGAAGAGGGCCUGUAUGAGCGUGUUAGCUGGAGCUUUUGGAAAUCCUAUAAAAAUCAAGAUGGUAGUAUCGACGACAGUUUUACUGUAAAAAAGGCCAUUUAUUUUGCUACAAUGGAUCCAGCACUUCGCCGAGACAUCUGGCCAUUUUUGCUACGUGUGUAUCCAUGGAAUUCUACUUUGGAGCAGCGUGAGGCAAUACGAAACGAUCUUUUUAUUGAAUACCAGGAUAUCAGAAAGCGAAGAAUGAAGAAUACAUUCAUGAAAGUAAAAAUGUCGUGGAUGAGCGUGGAAAAUACGAUUACAAAAGAUGUCAUUCGAACGGACCGUUGUAAGCCAUAUUUUGCUGGUGAAAAUAAUCCAAAUAUCGAUACCAUGAAGAACAUUCUUUUGAAUUAUGCGUCAGAGCACCCGGAAAUCAGCUACAUCCAGGGCAUGUCGGAUAUGCUGGCACCUCUCCUGAAUGUAGUGCGGGAUGAAUCGGUUACUUACUGGUGUUUUGAUAGCCUUAUGCAGCAAACAUUGUUUUCAUCUACACAAAAUGAUGGAAUGAAUGCCAUGGAUGUGAACUUGGAAUAUCUGCGAGAAUUAUUGAAGUUGUUUGUCCCAAAUUUUUUUAUGCAUAUCGCUAGUCUGGGCCAGGAUGCGCUGCAGUUAAUGUUUGUUCAUAGAUGGAUAUUGCUCUGUUAUAAGGUUAUUUUUAUUUGA